AAAUGGCGGUGUGUGGCUCGUUCACUGCCAGCAAUGUCGAUAAUUUUGAGGAAUUCGCGCUACGAGCUACUGACUUCGUGUACGGUGAGGUGUACCGCUAUCCUUCACCUUCAACGAGAAACCUGAGAGAUUGGUUGAACCCUUUGGAACUAUAGAGCGAUGAAGAAUUUCGGUCACGAUAUCGCUUCUCCAAGCAGUCUGUUGUACUGCUACUGAACGAGCUGCGGCUCAACAAAACUGACGACAAAAGAGGAGAGCCUCUUCCGCCUGUGUUGAAGCUCCUCAUCGCACUCCGAUUUUACGCAACCGGCGCGAUGCAGACUGUUGUUAGGGGCCUCGUAAACGUGUCGCAGCCAUCUGUGAGCAGAAGCAUCUGGGAGGUGACGCAAGCAAUAUGCGCGAGACUGUUCCGCAAGUACGUGCGCAUGCCGACAAGUGGAGAAGUCAAGUCCGUGAAGACAAGAUUUUUUAAUAUCGCUGGCUUUCCGGGUGUAACUGGCUGCAUCGACUGCACGCACGUACAAAUUAUCAGUCCCGGAGGAGACAAUGCAGAAGUUUACAGGAACCGAAAAGGCGUGUUCUCGAUAAAUGUGCAGGCUGUGACAGGACCCGAGCUCCAGUUCUUUGAUGUUGUUGCAGGUUGGCCUGGGUCUGUUCAUGACAGCCGAAUUUUUGAAAACAGUCGUGUGAUGACAUCAUACGAGCAGAGAAGUGUGUCUGGGAUGCUUCUGGAAGACAAGGGAUACGCCUGUCUGCCGUACCUCAUGCCACCCCUGAAAAACCACCAGACAGCUGCAGAAAAAAGGCAGGAUGCACAUUUAAUUUCAUCACUUCCAUUGAUUCUGUGCAGUUUGGCGGUGUACAUGUAUCUUAUGGUGAGUGCCAUAGAGAACAUGCACCACUUGAAUUAAAGGAUAUACAGUUAAAAAAGUGCUUUGUGCAUGAAACAGUGCAGCUGGAAAGUGUGCCCUUUGUUAGAUGUUGCUCAAAAGCUGCCAUGCACUUUAUGUAGUGCCAUAACGCACUACUUAACAUGCAGUUUUGAUGGGAAUGUACGACAGCUGUUUGUAUAGAGCAAGUUCGAAUAAUUAAGCUCAUCUGUGGUCUGACAGCCCGACAGAUUUAUCUAAACUAAUUCUGCUGUAACUUUGUGUACUUUUGUGCAGAUACAACAAGAGCCAAAUCAAAACGAGGAACUCAAUAGAGAGAGCAUUUGGAGUUUGGAAGAGGCGGUUUGGCUGCCUGAAGACAAAGCUGCAAACAAAAAAGGAGAGGACAUGUGCAAUAAUAACAGCAUGUGCAUCACUUCACAAUCUGGCGUCUAAAUUGCGUGAUUUGUGGUUGAAUGGCAAUGAAGAAGAAGAAGCAAGUGAACCAGGGCCUGCACCAGCUGACACUCCUCGUGGCAACCAGCUGCGAAGGCGGCUCAUUGAGAGACGCUUUUCGAGCACUGCAGCUCACCAGAAUGGGGAGAUAGACUGAACAAACCACAGACCAUUAUAACAUGAUGACAGCACUAGUGUGCUAUUACAGGACAUGUAAACAUUCGUCGUUUUAUGUAAUGUGUAUGUCCUGUUUCCUAUCUAUAAUUGUUGAGUAAUGGCUCAAAUGGAACAUUACACGAAAUACUGUAACAACUUGUUUAUUUAGAGCUAGUUUGCCUCAUCACCGGCCAGCUGCUUGGCAAGAACUUCCGCUUUCAUUGAGGAGACCUUCGGUUUAGCCCUCA